UGGGCUUUUAUAUUUUUUUUAUAUAAAAAUAUUUAUAGCAACCGUCAAUCAUAAGUCAAACAAAGUGUUUGGAAAGUUACUUUGCAAGCUUUUCUGAACGUUUUCGUCCACUUAUUCCCAUUCAUUUUCACUGAACUCAUCUCUCUUGUAAAAAAUGCGUGAAUGCAUCUCCAUCCAUCUCGGCCAAGCCGGAGUUCAAAUUGGCAACGCCUGUUGGGAAUUGUACUGCUUAGAACAUGGAAUCCAGCCCGACGGCCAGAUGCCAUCAGACAAGACUGUUGGAGGAGGAGACGACAGUUUUAACACUUUCUUCAGCGAAACUGGCGCAGGUAAACAUGUACCCAGAGCUGUAUUUGUUGACUUGGAACCUACCGUGGUCGACGAAGUGCGUACUGGAACGUACCGUCAACUAUUCCAUCCCGAACAGCUCAUAACUGGUAAGGAAGAUGCGGCUAAUAACUAUGCUCGAGGUCAUUACACGAUUGGUAAGGAAAUAGUGGAUUUGGUGCUGGACAGAAUCAGGAAAUUGGCCGACCAGUGCACUGGUUUACAAGGUUUCCUUAUUUUUCACUCUUUCGGAGGCGGUACUGGAUCCGGUUUCACCUCUCUAUUGAUGGAACGAUUAUCUGUCGAUUAUGGUAAGAAAUCUAAGUUGGAGUUUGCUAUUUACCCAGCCCCUCAAGUAUCUACUGCGGUAGUUGAGCCUUACAAUGCCAUUUUAACCACCCACACCACCCUAGAACAUUCAGAUGCGGCAUUUAUGGUUGACAACGAAGCCAUUUACGACAUUUGCAGAAGAAAUUUGGACAUUGAACGUCCAACUUACACUAAUCUCAACCGGCUUAUCGGUCAAAUAGUGUCAUCAAUCACGGCCUCUUUGAGGUUUGAUGGUGCUCUGAAUGUCGAUCUAACAGAAUUUCAGACCAACCUUGUACCAUAUCCACGUAUCCAUUUUCCUCUUGCCACUUACGCCCCAGUAAUUUCUGCCGAAAAAGCUUACCAUGAACAAUUAUCUGUAGCAGAAAUUACCAACGCCUGUUUUGAACCAGCAAAUCAGAUGGUAAAAUGCGAUCCAAGGCACGGCAAAUACAUGGCGUGUUGUAUGUUAUAUCGAGGAGAUGUUGUACCAAAGGAUGUCAACGCUGCUAUUGGUACAAUCAAAACAAAACGUACCAUCCAAUUCGUGGAUUGGUGUCCUACAGGAUUUAAAGUAGGCAUUAAUUAUCAACCGCCAACUGUUGUACCUGGAGGUGAUUUAGCGAAAGUACAACGUGCGGUAUGUAUGUUGUCCAACACCACAGCUAUUGCCGAAGCAUGGGCUCGAUUGGAUCACAAGUUUGAUUUAAUGUACGCCAAGAGAGCUUUCGUGCAUUGGUACGUAGGUGAAGGUAUGGAAGAAGGUGAAUUUUCUGAAGCCAGAGAAGAUACAGCUGCUCUGGAAAAGGAUUACGAGGAAGUUGGAAUGGAUUCUGGAGAAGGAGAAGGUGAAGGUGGCGAAGAAUAUUAAGAAGGGGUAUAAUGAAAUUAUACUGAUUCUUGUUCAUAAAUAAAUUAUUUGUUAUAACAAUUGUAUAUAUAAAUUAAAAUAAUACAUUAAACGAAUGUUUAAAAUUUGGA